CUUCCACAGCCACCCACGCGCAUUGGGAUUUCAAACUCAGAUUUAUAGGUCUAUAUGUUCCACCUCGCUAUACUCAAGGAUACCAUCGGCAUACACCCCUCCAACUUUGGCAUUCCACCGGAAACGGCGCUCAUAGCCGAGCUCAACAAAAAGUACGCCAAUCGAGUGCUUCACGAUGUGGGACUGUGUGUAUGCGUGUUCGAUUUGACAGAGGCGGGUGAGGGGAAAGUUCGGUAUGGGGAUGGCUUUUUAUAUUACAAGGUCGUAUUUCGCUUGGUCGUCUUUAGACCGUUCACAUCCGAAGUGAUACUCGCAAAGGUCAAAUCGUCGGAUGCUGAAUCUAUUCGAUUAACGAUGGGAUUCUUCGACGACAUAUACAUACCAUCGAUAUACCUCCCCCAGCCUUCGGCAUUUGACCCCAACGAACGCGCUUUUUUCUGGGUGCCAGAAUCCGAGCUUACUACGUCUUCGCAGCUACUGGAUACGGACGUCGGGUCGAGGAUGUACAUCGAUGCUGGGGAAGUCGUACGUGUGCGGGUUGAGGCGGAUGAGUUUCAUGAUGACGAACCGGGACCGCCGAAGAUGUCUGAAGGGGUGCAGGUGAAGCAGGAACCGAGGAGAGCGCCGUAUCAGAUCAUUUGUUCGAUAGCGGAGUCAGGCCUUGGGAAUGUGUCGUGGUGGAAUUCGUCUCAAGAAGAGGAUGCUGAAGGUGACGUAGUUAUGGAAGAGUAGAGCAGUAUAAUGCCAUUCCUCUUCCUUAUAUCCUUGAUCAUUCGCACGGCGUGUCUCUUUCCCGUAAUCCACACUCGAGUCGAACCAUCAUCGCAUGGUUG